ACAGUUUUGAGGGUAUAAAGCACUUACAUGUGUGGUCCUCCUUUCAUGUGGGGGAAAACAAAUCUUAAAUCUGGUGGUAUUUUGUUGCUUCAGUGUGACCUAAGACCUUUUUUUGGCAUCAGAACUUGAAUCUGUCAAAAUUAAUUUGUAAGUUCCACAGUUAUUUUCAAAUUUCAGCUUUAUAAUAGAAAACCAUUUGUAUAGUCUGAUUCAGGGGCAAUAGGUAUCAAUGUGAAUAAAUUUUUAAAACUUUUGUAAAAGUUGCAAAAGUCAAUGUCUUCAACAAAAGCGGAUUAAAUUGGCUGUCAUAUUUGCAUCAAAGCUUUAAGUCAUGUUUUUACUGGAGUACACGCAAGUCAGGAAAGUAAGCCCUCUUCGGUUGACGAUACAAGCCAAGAGGAGGAGACCAAAAAAAAGCUGUACGUUUGCCCGGAGAUGUCCAAUAGUUCUCCAAAGAACAGCCUGAACCCCAGAACACCAGCUUAUUUUCCACUACAGGACAUGUGUCCAGAGGACAGCUAUGACUCGGACCAAUCAGUGAACAACAGGGCGUGGUAAAGUUAAUGACGACAAUAAGCAACACUAAUUUGAAUCGAGCUUUGCCAGACCACGGUAAGUAUAGUGAAAUUUGGUAGAAGGCUGUGCAAGGCAAGACAUCUUACGAUUAUUAGCUGUUAUGAAAAAUUAUAUUUAUGGAUAUUCUAAUCCUGUUUCAAUGUGCCAAACUGAUCAUUUGUAAUGGGACAAAAACGACCCACACAAUCUUCUGUAUAUUGGCAGCGAUGGAGGUCUGCCUGUGAAAUCAAUCUUGUGUGAUGCAAUUUCUCUUCCCUAUAUUUUCUCCUACAUGUAUUUUUGUUUGCUGUUUCUUUUGUAUUAUCUUUGAGAUGUGAUUUUUAACUGUAAACUGAAGCAGUAGCACCAUGUACAGGACAAUUUAAGUACUUUUUUCCACAAACAAACAGGCUAAAUUAAGAAGUAAGAGGCUUUCUCUAGACAUUUGGGUUUAUUUCAGAUACAUGAGGUUUUCAUUGUUCACUUUAUCAUUUGGAUACAGAAAUAAGCAAGUGUUUGAAUUUUUUUUAAUUGAGAUAUGUUUCUAUAAAUGUUGACAUGCAUUUCUUUAAUAAUAUUGUUAUAAAACUGGCCCUAUACACAUGCUUAAGUGUAAAGACAGGAACUUAUUAUUUCACCUUUUCCUCAGUUUCCAGUGUGGUGGAAAGUGCGGCAAUGCGGGACAGCUCAAAGGAAGACGAUCCUAAAGGGGCACCACGGCAGGUGUUCAUGCCCGAGUCGGACGCCACCAACUUUUUCAAACGCCGUAGUCGGCGCUCAACCCGAUACUAUGAGCUCCAAGCCGAGCAGAGGGUAAAGAUUGCUGCAAACGAACGAUGGAGGGAAUACAAUGAGGAGCAGGUGGAUGAGCACGACACCUACACCAGGGAGCUGCAUGAAGAGCAAACUGAGAGAUCAAGAGAGACGCACGAGCAGUAUCGAGAGUAUCAGUACGACGGCCUCUAUCCUCGCUACUACUGGUUCCACUGAGCGCACUGUGUCGCAUGGAGGGCCGGGCUACAGCACCUCUCAUUGGUGCAGUGCUAAUACUGCCAUCACCUGUAGCUACCAAAGGCAGUCAUGUUCAUAUUUCUACUCUAAGCUACAAGAAAAAGGUUUUCUUUGCUUUUUAUUUUUUAUGAAAACCUAAAUUGUGCAAUAUGUCUCCACAUCAAACUGUAUAAUGUAUUAAAAGUGCAGUUUUUGUAUUGUAAGCUAAACUUCUACUACUAUCAUAUUAAAUGGAGGCUAUAUGUUUUGCAUGCUUCUUUACUGCCUCUGCUACAUGUACAUAUAAGCUACACAGAGUGUCCUUUAUAUCAGCCUGUGGUAUUAGCCGCAAUAUAUCAACUCAGUACAUUAACAGCGGACUUUGAUUAUCGCUUUAUUUUUGCAAAGAACCUGACUUAUGUCUUUAAGUCAAAAUGACAAAUAAAGAUGAGUUUCCUGAUUCCCAGA